AUGUCAACGGACGGCGGCGCCUUUUCAGCGUACAACAGCACGACCACUGACGACUACUACGCCUUUCUCCCCAGCAGUGAUGAGUCGAUGAGCGAUGCCGAAGAUGUUCCAUUUUCUGCUCCGAUUUACAAUCCCGUGGAAGACUUUUCCUCUACCUCCGCGUCCUCGACCAACUCGAUUCAGUCUCGUGCCGACGUUUUAGCUCCUACCAGUCGCUUAAAUCCUAGUAUCCACACAGACGAACGACCAAAACCGACUCGAAAACAGGGUAACGUCCCUCUUUUAAGGGCUGUCAAUCCCGGUGGAAAAAAUAAUAGUGAGCCGAAUGUCUCGAUUAGACAUUUGGCUCGACAUCAUGCACGGAAGACGCAGUUGGAAGACGCACUGGACACCGCUUUAGGCGGCAAAUUGAAUGGGGAAGUGCCGUUCCGAUUUGCAAAGCAGCACAACGAGAGAAUUAAGGACGAGGUGGAGGAGGAAAUUUCCAAAGCAUCGCCAGCUCGAGGGAUCGUUCCGAAGGUUGAAAAGUGUGCUCCUGAAAAAAAGCAUUUGGGCAGAAGACGACCGGUGAGUGGCCGAGAGGAGAGGAAAAGUGAGGACGAGAGUGACGAAGACGAGCGAUUUGAGCCGGAUCCGCUGUUUGACAAGCAGCUCGACGACGCUGACAAGCAAUGGGUACAGAAUCAUUUCAGGGGCGCUCUGUCUACACAACAUGAGACGGAUGCGACGCUGUGUUGUCCCUGUUGUUUCUUGACGGUGUGCAUGAUCUGUGAAAGACACAUCACCUAUACGAAUCAGUACCGAGCCACUACUGCGAUCAACUGUCGUGUGAAGCGGGAUGAUAUCCUCACUUAUACGUCGAGUGGAAGUGGCGUGCCGGCAUCGAUGCCGUUCCACAUGCGGAAAAACGUAAAUGCAGGCAACGGUCGUGUGACGGUAGCUUCCACGCCAGGCCGGGAGAUUGCUAUGGUGCUACAGGCUGAUGAAUUUUAUGCUGUCGUAUGCUCGGACUGUGGCACAAUGGUGGGUGUCUUUGACCAGGACCAGCACUACCAUUUCUUCAAUGCCUUACCCAGCAUUAGCUGA